AUGCGUCAAACCCAACACGAGUCAUUACACCAUGCUCCGUCAGGGACUCCAUGGAGCGAGGAGUUGGCCGAUCGUUCCGGGUCGAUAAUCACGACGACCGUUAAAAUGUUCCUGACCGAGCCCAUCGUUCGUUCUGUGGGACCAACUUUCAGGUUUUACCCUGCAGCAGACAUGAUGACCAUGGAUCCUAAACAAGACCAAAGCUUAUCGCUCCGGCUCGACCAUCAGGAUGAGGCAGCGCAUGUCUCUGAUCAGGCUGAUCCUUCAAUGUAUGGACAAACAUCCACACCUUACGCCACCACGAAAGAGCAUCAGGGAUUCUUGACAAGAUGUCCGGUCGAAGAAGUCCUUCCAGGAGGAGGAUUCUUCCCCGACAACCAGGAUGUUUCUCACGGAACCAAUUGUACGUGGGCCAAUUCCCAAGCCUUGUGUGCCACACCGUCGAGCUUAGGAAUAUUCGACAAGGCGUCCGGUCAAAUCCCAAAUCAAGAAGAUGGUCCAGGUGUUAUCCAUGGCCACAGAGAGUUCCAAUACGGCGUCCAUUGCUCAUUGCCAACGCCACAUCGUGCAGAGAACGUUUUAGUGGAAGAAGAAGAACAACAUGAAAAGAUGGAGGAUGACGAAGACGUUCUGCAGGGCGCGCCCCGUUAA